AUGACUGUUGGUCGUUUGUUUUUGACGCUUGAACAGAUCGUAGGUAGAAGAAAAGUUAGAUACAGCAAAGAACAUCUUUGGAGAUCAUCGUGGGAUGCGUCACAGCAUUUGGGAAAAUUUCAGACAACAGCACGAGGAGAGCUCUGUGUGUCUAAAAAGAUCCAAGAAGAGCUCUCCCAACGUGCGGAGGACGGCCAUUGUGGAGGUUUUAGUCGGUAAAGAUCCGACCACUACCUGGGUCUUCCCUUAA